UCUGACAGCUAAAUCAGCACACAUCACCAGUUGUAUACCAAUGGCAGGCCUUACUAAAACCUCAUUUUUUUGGAUUGUUUUCUGUCUAACAAGGUUUAUGAUGGCGCCUGCCUGGGUGCUGAAAGUGACUGCAUUUUUUCUGGUAACAGUUCAUCUAAAGACAGAUGUGACAGAGGCAAUGCAGGUGACUUCUUCAGGUCCACAAACCAUCCAGAAGGCCCAGGGAGAAAACGCCCUGCUCGGCUGCACUUACACUCCCGGACCCCAAGACACAGGGGAGCUAGACAUUGAGUGGUACAACGUCAGCCCAGACAUGACGAAGAAAGACAAACUGAUCUUGGCCUACACAGAAGGACGUAUACACAACUAUGACCCCACCCUUACUGGUAGAAUCAGCUUCACAGGAGACCCUAUGCGUGGAGACGCAUCCAUAUCUCUCUCAAAUUUGAGGCGGUCAGACACAGCUACCUACCAGUGCAAAGUCAAAAAGGCGCCGGGCGUCGACAUGCGAAAAGUAACACUUGUCGUAUUGGUUCCUCCAUCUGUGCCAAAAUGUUGGGUUGACGGCAAGGAGGAGAAAGGUAGUCCGGUCACUCUCCGCUGUCAGUCCAACCAGGGAUCAUCUCCAAUUACGUACACGUGGACACGAGAAAGUGGCGGCCCAAAGCCACCAAUAGCCAUGCCCCUAAAUGCACAAAGUGGGGAGUAUUUGAUCAAGAACCAUUCAGACAGCUAUGCUGGAAGUUACGUGUGUGAGGCCAAAAACCCUGUUGGCAAAGCUCAGUGUAAAUAUGCACUGCAGGCACACAACCCCACGAAUAAAGUGGGCAUCAUAGUCGGGGCUGUAAUCGGUGCGCUACUCCUCCUCCUCCUCCUCUUGCUUGCCAUCUGGCUGUUGGUCUGCUGCUGCCUCAGGAAACGCUAUGAGAAGGAGGCUGCGAAUGAAAUCAGGGAGGAUACCCACGCUCCAGAGAGUCGUCCCUCAAGUAGGAACUCCAGCUACCGCUCAGUCCUGGGUUACCGCACCCACCAAGGGGUUUCUUAUAGCUCGGUGGGCAACCGCCUGCCUAGUGUCAAUGAGUCUAAUGGCAGCCACCGCAGCAACAGCGACAGGGGUUCAAAACUGAGCGCCUCAGUGAGGAAGCCCCUUCCACCACUCAAAUAUGACCCUCGUUACGGUUACCCUGUGUAACUGCAGUUUAGUUUAUUUUUUUAAAAAGGACUUCUAAAAUGAAGACUUUUUGUUUUUCUUUUAUUACUCCAAGUGUAAAACAUGUUGAAAAGCAUUGUGUAUCACGUUUAUCAUAGUAUAUUUACAUGACUCAUAGACUUCACUAUCAGUUGACGGGAAACAGGGCGCGGGGCCGCUCUGUAAAGGGCCUAUUUUCAAAAACUUAAAAUUCAAAUAUUUUCAAAACCAAAGCCACUAGCGACCUAAGACCAAAACAGGCACCUCCCCUGGCAUAAAUGAAUCUCCAUGAGCAACGGCAUAAAAAAAUUUAAAGUCGUUCCCUAAUAAAAUCCCGAUUUACUAUUUUUUAUAUAAAUAUAACAAAACAAAAUGGCUAUAAAAUUCUCAGAUUUUACGCUACAAGAAUCAAGCCGCUAAUCGCUAAUCUAGUGGCUAUAUGCACAAAAAUCACCAAAUGCAGUGAUAAUCACCCAUAUUUUCAGGAUGAAUAGCAAUAUUUAACAUACAGGGGAGAGUGGGGUGAUUUGUGCCAUUGGGGAAGUUGUGCCACCCCCUGUUUCUAGGCAACCAUAGAAAAAAUUGGUCAUGUGACCACACCUUUUUGAAGACUCAGUCAUUUCACUCUUUCUGAAAAGGAGAGCCUUAUUGCAUGAGAGGUAAGCACAUUUAAGUUAAGAAAACUGUUAUUUGCCUUUCAAAGUAAAAUUUCUAUGAUCACGUUUUUUUUUAUUGUUGUGUCUGAACAGGUAUGUUAAGUUUGAAAACAUUCCACACAUGUUUUAGUGCUUUGGUAAGCUACUCUAUGAAUCCUUGCAGCUAGCACGAUGUUAGCUCAAAAUUGAUGGAUGAUGCAAUUUUUCCAAAAAGGUGGGGUUGGGGUGAUUUGUGCCACAGGGCCUGGGUUAAGUUGUGCCAGUGGCACUUACAAAAUAGUCUAUUACUCACUAAAAACUUAGUACAACAGGGCAAUGAAUGGAUGGAUGCGCACUAAUCCUGGUAAAACCGUAACAAUUUACGAGAUCCCAGGACUCGAAAACCAAGCAUUCAUGUCAACAAUGACACCCAGAAACAUUACAUCAAGUUUCAGAGUGAGGGGCAUAUUCCCAUUCAACAGGGAUAUCUUCUCAGAUGAAGAUUAUGCCCCAUCAAUGCGAACAGACAGGUCAAACCUAGAGAAGCCCUCCACUUGUACUGCUGCUGACCUGCCUGGACUAUCAUAUGAGGAGCCAACCAAUCCCACAGCUCCUUAAACAGGUCCAGACCCAGGGGAGCCACCCACUUCUCCAGACCCAAAUCCUGAGCAAUCUUCAAGUGACAAAACUGGUUCUUCCGCCCAUUUGGGUUAUGUAUCUCCAGAAGCCAUACCUCCCUUGCCAAAAGCCACAGGAAAAAGGACCAGGUCUUAUUGAAAAUUGACCUGUGAUGUGCUUAUUUGGCGUAAUGGGCUUGUAGAAAAUUAGCCUUUGAUGUUGCAAAAAACCUUUAAAUAAACCUUAAAUGAAUAAUUUUGAAUGUUAUUUUUCUAGCAGAAAUAAAAUAUACUGUUUCACUUCAAUAAUCAAUGGCACAAUUUACCCCAAUGAAUUCUCUCCAAAGGCACAACUUACCCCGCACUGGGGGCAAGUUGUGCCAAAAGACCACUUUUUUUAAGAAAGCUAUAUUUCUUAAAUACUAUAGUUCAGAUCCAAACUGAUUGUUCCCAAAGAUGCACUGCAUUCUGAAAUAUAUGUUCAUAUUGUAGUUGGAUAGAUUACUAUCAUGACCUCACUUUAAAGUCACUUUAAGUAAAAACUGGCACAACUCCCCCCCCCACUCUCCCCUAUAGGUUUUUGCCCGGAAUAGCGAGUCAAUUUUAUUUAUUUAGUGAAAUUUUGACACAAGUUUUUAACAGCUAAUAAAUCACUCAAUUUUCAUAUCAGAAGCUUAAUACUUGGGGGAAACAUGCAGAAUCAUCUUAAUUUUACUCAGCAAAAGCAAAUUUUGCAUUUUUCUAUAUACAAUCACAACUUAUUUAGGUUGAAUUCCAAUGUCAAUAUUGCCUCAGCAGUCUUGCCAGCUAUUUGGCCCUGUCUGAAAUGUUACAUAAAAUAAAACAUGUAAAAGCCGCCGUUUUUUUUUUUUUUUUUUUUUUUUUUGUAAGGACGCAGAAAUGUCAAAAUUAUUUUUAUUUUUUUUUCGCCAAAAAACGGAAAGUUACGCCAAAAAUUACCUGAUUAUUUGAAUGUAAAGUUACGCUAUUGUGUAUGGAUGUAAAACCCAACAUGGCGCCCUUCGCAAAACAAAAAGCUUUUUAAGUUGAAAAUUCUUGUAAAUACUGUACAUGUGUUAAUCCUGGAAUUUCUAUAGAAAUGAACAUAAAACAGUCUAGAUUUUUGGUUAAUAGGGGAAAAAAACGGGCAGUUAUCAUUCAUUUUACGUAAAUAUUUCAAGCUAUAGUUAUGCUAUUUUGUUCCCCCAUUCAUUUCAUUUUUUUUUUUCACAACGUUUCAAAGUGCAUGCAUGGGGCUAUUCUAUAUAAUAAUUACCUUGAAACCUCAACCAAAUCACUCUUGAGGUCUUGAGAGACUCCUGCCUGCUUGUGUGCACUAAAACCUUCGUCCUGUUUCCACCUAUAUCCAGCGUUCCUAGUGUUGCACUAAUACCAUUUUUUUGGCCCCGAUACCGAUACCUGGCUGUGCAGUAUCAGCCGAUUCCGAUACCACUUUGUUUGAAAUUCAUAUACAUACAUACAC